AUUCUGAUUGCUGGUCUUUGUGUUCCUCCAGGGGGCGUGAUAGACAAGGACCUGCGCCACUACCUCAACCUGCGCUUCCAGAAAGGCUCGGUGGACCACGAGCUGCAGCAGAUCAUCCGGGACAACCUCUACCUCCGCACCGUCCCCUGCACAACCAGGCAGCCCAAGGAAGGAGAGGUCCCAGGGGUGGAUUAUAAUUUCGUGACCGUUGACCGGUUUAUGGAAUUGGAGAAAAGUGGAGCCCUGCUCGAGAGCGGAACAUAUGAAGAUAACUUUUACGGCACCCCGAAGCCUCCGGCUGAGCCCAGCGCUCUGCUGCUAAAUGUAACGGACCAGCUGCUGCCGGGCGCCAGACCCAGCUCCGAGGGCAAGAGGAAACGCAACAAGUCGGUCAGCAACAUGGAAAAAGCCAGCAUCGAGCCCCCUGAGGAGGAGGAGGAGGAGAGACCCAUCGUCAAUGGCAACGGUGUUGCUGUCACCCCAGAGUCCAGCGAACAUGAGGAUAAGAGCACAGACGCUUCGGGGGACAUCGUCCCACAAAUCAACCCAGCGGAGCCCCCGGCCGAGGGACCCAAAGACGAAGGACAGUCCCCGAAGAUGGCGGUGCCCAAACCGGAGGAGAACGAUGAGCUAGGGCCCCUGCCAGACAACUGGGAGAUGGCGUACACUGAGAAAGGAGAAGUCUACUUCAUAGACCACAACACUAAGACAACAUCGUGGCUGGACCCGAGGCUAGCCAAGAAGGCGAAGCCGCCCGAGGAAUGCAAAGAGGAUGAGCUUCCGUACGGCUGGGAGAAAAUCGAUGACCCCAUUUACGGCAGCUACUAUGUCGAUCAUAUAAAUAGAAGGACCCAGUUUGAGAACCCAGUCCUGGAGGCUAAGAGGAGACUCCAGCAGCAGCAGCAGAUGCAAAGCCAGGGUCUGUCCUCACUGCCCCUCCCCACCAUCUACAGAGAAAAGCCGCUGUUCACGCGGGACCCCACUCAGCUGAAAGGCAGUUUCUUGUCCACAUCGCUCCAAAAGAGCAACAUGGGCUUCGGCUUCACUAUUAUCGGAGGCGACGAGCCCGAUGAAUUCCUCCAGGUCAAGAGUGUUAUCCCCGACGGGCCUGCUGCAGCAGACGGGAAAAUGGCCACAGGUGAUGUCAUUGUGUACAUCAACGACGUGUGCGUCCUGGGUACCACCCACGCUGACGUGGUCAAACUCUUCCAGUCGGUGCCCAUCGGCCAAAGCGUGACGCUGGUGUUGUGUCGUGGCUACCCUUUGCCCUACGACCCGGAGGAGGCCGCCAACUCCAACAACAACACCACCACCAUCAUCUCCCCACUGGGCAUCAUGGAGCAGCGGCCCAUCAUGGUGAACGGCAGGACGGGCUACGACAACUACCUGGACUAUCUCACCCGCACGGCGCGCUUCGUCACGGACCCCAGCCAGGACCAGGUCAACGCCCAGCAGCAGCUGCUCACAGCCCACCCGGGUGACACCCACCUAGACGGCUCGCUUCCCCCCACCACCGGCACCACGCCCCCCGACAGCGUCUCCAUGGCGUCGUCGGGAGCGACCCAGGGGGAGCUGCUGACCCUGACCAUGGUGAAGGGCAUGGAUGGUUUUGGCUUCACGAUUGCGGACAGUGCCACAGGCCAGCGGGUUAAGCAAGUCCUGGAACCUCAGGGCUGCCCGGGUCUGUGCGAGGGCGACUUGAUCGUGGAGAUUAACAAGCAGCCGGUGCAGGGAUUCACACACACGCAGGUGGUGGAGCUGCUGAAGGAGUGUGCCGUGGGAGCUGAGACCAGCCUGGUGGUUCAGAGGGGUGGAACAGGUCACUAUUCACCCUGGAAGACCCCUAAGCAGGUUCUGGAGCAGUGGGAGUCCCAGCAGGGCCAGAGCAGCCCCGCUCAGACCAGCCUGUCGGCUCCCGUUAUAACCCACAGCGCCCCCUUCCCAACACACCAUCUUCACAGGGCCUCAGUCCCAGACUCAGCCUCCGAGGCCUUGGCCCUGGCUAAACCUGACCCUUAUGACCUUUAUGAGAAGUCCAGGGCUAUCUAUGAGAGUAGGCAACCCGGCCAGCCAAGGACUGUUUUUUCUGUGGACUCUUCAGGAACAGAGUUCCAAGACAUCGAGGUUCACCUGCGCAGACAGAAGUCCGGGUUUGGUUUCCGGGUGCUGGGUGGUGAUGAGGCCGGGCAGCCUAUCUUAAUCGGGGCGAUCAUCGAGAAGAGUCCAGCAGAUCUAGAUGGAAGGUUGCGGCCCGGUGAUGAGCUGCUGUUUGUGGACGGGAUCCCGGUGAUGGGGAAGCCACACAGAUAUGUUAUUGACCUGAUGCACGGGGCGGCACGCAACGGCCAGGUGAAUCUGGUGAUCAGGAGGAGGGUUCAGGCAGCAGGGGAGUCCUGUCCGGAGAACGGCCGCAGCCCGGGUUCUGUCUCCACGCAGCACAGCUCCCCACGCAGUGACUUCACGUAUGGCAACAGCACCAGCACGACCCAGCCUCCCAACGCCGGCAUGGGCAACGCCACCGCCACUUCCGACGGGACGCUGACCCCCAACACGCAGCCCAGUGACGUCAUAAUCAACCGAAAGGAGAGCGAGGGCUUCGGCUUCGUCAUCAUCAGCUCGCUCAACCGGCCUGAGGCGGCCGCAACCAACACUGUGCCCCAUAAAAUUGGCCGCAUCAUUGAGGGCAGCCCGGCCGACCGCUGCGGGAAGCUGAAGGUGGGAGACAGGAUCCUGGCGGUGAACAGCCAGUCCAUCGUCAACAUGCCGCACGCCGACAUCGUCAAGCUGAUCAAAGAUGCAGGCCUUAGUGUCACCCUGAGGAUCAUACCACAGGAAGAGAUCAGCAAUCCUCCCUCGGCGCCCAGCUCAGAGAAGCAGAGCCCCAUGGCUCAGCAGCACAGCCCCAAGACCCAACCCAACACGGCAGCCUCCCAGUCCAACCAGGCAGCGACAGAACCAAACACAUCCGUCGGCCAGCCCAACCCCAUGCCCCACCAGAGCCCCGUGACCCAGCUCCCCGCCCCUCCGCCUCAGACCUACACCCACGAGGGCAGUUACAGGUCUGAGGUGAAGGCCAGGCAAGAUGUUAAACCAGACAUCCGACAGCCGCCGUUCACGGACUACCGACAGCCACCGGUGGAUUACCGGCACCCUCCUGUGGCAGACUACCGGCAGCCGCCCACGUUGGACUACAGACACCCGCCGCUGCUCGACUACAGACAGUUAGCUACUGAUGCCAGACAGUUUGCCAUCCCAGACUACCGAAUGCCACCAGUUCAACUUUCACAGGACUUCGACUUCUUCACAGUGGAGCUGGAGAAAAGCGUGAAAGGCUUUGGUUUUAGCAUCCGCGGAGGGCGGGAGUACAAAAUGGACCUGUUUGUCCUGCGGCUGGCAGAGGACGGACCUGCAAUCCGCAACGGCAGGAUGAGGGUCGGGGACCAAAUCAUUGAGAUCAAUGGAGAGAGCACUCGGGACAUGACACACGCCAGAGCCAUCGAGCUAAUCAAAUCUGGAGGCAGGCGUGUUCGUCUCCUCCUAAAGAGGGGUACGGGGCAGGUCCCAGAGUACGACAAUGCCGCCCCAUGGGAUGCUCGCCCUUCAGCCUCCCCAAGCCUGUCGGAAGUAGCCCCUCCCAUCGACAGCCUUUCCAUGUCAUCGCCUUCAUCUCAUCUGGCCCCGGCCCCCGACCCUCCUCAUCUGCCACCUCAGGACGUCCCUCGAGACCCGGUGGCACGAGACAGCAGGACGGAGCGUCCCAAGAGCCCCCAGAAAGCCGAGCUGCUGAACCCAGAUCCCACCGGCCAGGGGAGGAGAGUGGCGACAACCGGCGGGAGCGGCAGAGCCAAGAAGGAGGGUGGCAGGUCCACCCACAAGGGGCACCGGAUGCAGCCCGCCGCCGACGGGGAAGGGGGCAAGGAGGGGCAGAGCGGAGAGCCCAAACCUUCCAGGAGCACCAGAGGAAGGUCCAAGGAGAGGAACACUGGGGACACUAGAGAACCCACCCACUCUCCCAGCGGCUCGAAGCUCCCACACACUAACGGGAACAGCAGGGAAGACGCAGAGCGCUGGAGCGGCGGGAAGCAGGUGGAGCCAGAGCAGGGCAAGCCGAGGCCCAGGGAACCAGACAGGGGCCAGGGAGAGAGCCGGCCCAGCCUGCCCAGCAAGAGCACCAGCAGCGGCAUCGCAGCGGGGAGGAAGGUGACGGUCUCCCCUGGGCCUUGGAAGAUCCCUGGAUCAGACAAGCUGCCCAGCACACUGCGCACAGGCACGUCCAGGCUGAGCAGAUAACACAGCAGCUCCAGCAGAACACAGUGGCCACCCUCAUCUGAACUAAACCACCCAUCUGGACGACAUCCUCACACCUUCCUGAGCCCCUUUAACUCCCACCCCACCUCCACCCCCCAACCCCGUUACUACCAUAGAGUCAAAACCAAGAAGGGGGCGCAGGGUGAUCUGGACCACGUGUUUUUAAAGUUUUAUUUAUAAUACUGUGUUUUAAAUUAUUUUGAGAAAUAUUUUACACCCACCACCUUAAGAACUGGAAAUAUCAUCCACUUUAAAAAAAAGAAAAAAAACAAAACAAAAAAGGAAGAGCAAAUCUUUGUGUAGCGCGGCGAGGAGUCUUUUGGGAGGUUUGAAUGAAUUAUAAGGACCUCUAUUCUCCCCGAGCAGAAGUGGGGGACAAACAUGCAAAUAUGAACAAUUUGACAGGACGCAACUGUCGGUUGGCGUUGGAUUUUUUUUAUAUAUCUACACAGUGGAGUCUAUUUUAUGAAAUGGAAUGUUAAACAGAUGCCUGUUUUUGAUGAGAGUGAAUGGAUCAAAGAGCGACAGCGGAGAUGAAAUCUGCUCAUCAACAGAACAUUGCCUUAACAGAGACAGUGUGGGCCUGAAUCUGUCUUGAAUGAUCUAUCAGAUGAUUAUAGACAAAGAUAUAUUAUAAUGAAUAUGAAUAUGUGGGAACAUUUUGUAAAUAAGAUCAUCUUUAAGUGAACAGAAUCUUCUAGUUAAGCCGCAGGAAGUUCUAGUCCGCGAAUAAACGAGCAAAGCAGCGAGACAUGGACCAGAACUUUCAGCGCAACAACUUCCCCCUCUCCUACUCUCCCCCCCGUUCAGCCCUGUGAUUGCAGUUUUGGGGGGUUUCGGCAGCAAUUCCUGCUGUGAUUGACUGCACAGUCUGUUUGGAGUUCGGUGGGGUUGUCUUGUCAAUCCAUUUUAUCUCGUUUUCGUGCUUAACCAACACGGCAAUCUGCGACGGUGGUGUCCAGCCGGACGCUGACAGAAGGAGCUCGCAUGAAACCGACCGAUGGGCAGAGUGCCUUAGACUGACACAGAGGUUGGCUUUUACGUCAAAGGUUCAACUCCAAAAUACUUCGGAGGAUUCAAAACAGGCUGCUAUACAACACCAACUUUACAGAUAUAAAUAAUAAACUGUAUUUUUUCAGUGUGAUAUGGUGAAAUAUAUAAUUUAUUUCACAAGCUUAUGUAUGAAAAUUAGUCCAUUACCAGAGGUAUUGAUGGUCCUUAUUUGUGGAAGUGCUGCAUUUCGGGUCAUGAUACUUUCAUUACUGAUUUCUUAAUGAGGUCUGACACCAGUAAUUUCCAUGAAGAAUCACUUUUAUGAGACGGUGUAAUCAAAUGUCAGCACAUGGCAGAGCUUUGCACCCAAACCAAACCAAAUUAGUAAAAUCUGAUAUUGAGUCGUCGGAGAAUCAAUCCGGCUUGUCAAGAGCUCUCUGGCCUAACAGUGUGUAACUAAACGAAGUGAAAGCAAAACAUUUCUGUCAUUUCCAGGGAGGCUGAAGAGAGGGCGCACGUGUCAGAGACCCUGUCAGCUGCUGAUUUUGAUUUGUUUUAGGUGAUUCUGUCGACACUGUGUGAUAUUAAGACGUACAUAUCCAUGCCAAAGCUCCUUGUAGGUUUUCUUUUUUUUUCCUCGCCUGCCCCAGAGUUCAAAGGCUUUGAAGGCUGUUCUCUUGUACAUUUUUUUUAUACAAUAACCUAACAACUGACUGUUUGCUAAGCCCUGCCACCUUUAGUUACUGUUGUUUCUCCUGUCAAGCUUUCCAUUUGCAGGUAACUGUGAUAAAAACGGAGGCAGCAGUUCGUGAAAUGGAGGGUCCUUGAUUUCAGACAGAGGUACUUAAAAGCAGCUUCUCGUUUCAUGUUUCACUUUUAGUGUUAGAGGAGGAAAGGCUUUUAGGAUGAAGACUUACAGGUGUGUCUCAGGUAGCGUCGGCUGAGAUCGGUGGAGUGCAGACGUCCCAAAUCCAAUUAAAAGCGGGACUGAGCCACUAAUGAUGCCACGCUAAUAAAUAGCAAUUGAUUUCAGCUCACAUGAGAGCAAAUAAACACACAUGAAUCAUU